GGCGCCUCUAGCGGCUGAACGCAUGUAGUGCAGCGGGAUCUCUUGACUAAAGGUGAUUUGAAUGAAUGGAAAACGCUUUUCACGCCAAAGCAGAGCAGAGGGAACAGCCCAGACAAAGCAAGCGAGAAACUUUCACGCUGCUAAUCGCCAGUACUAUCCCACAAAGCAUGGCUUUAUAGAAGACAGCGUCUGUGCAGUGGAUUCAACACCUUUCUGAGGAGAUGAAAGCGAGUUUGAAGUGAAUUUAAAGUCCUGCUGCUGCUGAAUGGACGAGCUUAUUUUGGCUCUGCGGGUGGAUGAUGAAGCUUUACGAUGCAACAGGAGUGGUAUCUGACCGCUGGUGACCCCUCCGUGUGCUAUUAUAGUGAGGAUCUCUACCUCAGCACAGAGGAUUCAGAGUAAAGCAGACAGCAUGGUACCCAACAAGUGGAUUAUGCAUCCAGUUCUUCUCAAAUCACCUCCCAGAGGCUGGCUUGGCAUCCGGCUACGUCUCAAUGAGAAGCCCGCUCAGGGUGAGGAGUGCGUGGUUUGUCAGCAUCCAGACUGCAGCGAGCGCCGUCAUGCCUCGAAGGUGUGUCAUCAUCCCGACUGUCAGGAACUGAACGGUAAAAGCCCUCUGCACCUGUGCGAGUCAUGUGAUUCUCGCUGUCACCUGGAUGAGUCUGACAGCAUGCACUUUGACAGGCAUCUGCGCUUCGACGUACAGCCACAAGGUUCUAUCCUGGCGCGGAAUGUGUCCACACGUUCCUGUCCCCCUCGCACGAGCCCCCCUUCUGACCUGGAUGAAGAGGAAGAAGGAAGCACUGAACGAGGAGAACAUAAGACAGGAGGAAUGAAGCUGGAAAAAAGAAAGGGACAAAAAAAGCCCCAGCGACGCCACACUGAUGACCCCAGGAAGGAGUGCUUCAGCCUCAAGUUUGACCUCAACAUAGACAUAGACACAGAGAUCGUCCCCGCUGUCAAAAAGAAGACAUUACGAGAGGUGCUCGGACCCAUUUUUGAGCGCAAGGGCAUUGAAUUAUCCCGAGUGGAUCUGUUCCUGGACCAGUCUAACACUCCUCUCUCCCUCGACUUUGAGGCGUACCGUUUCGGAGGGCAUUGCCUCAAAGUGAAAGCUCGGCCCGGCGAUGAGCUGAAGGUGGAGCAGAGCGUGAAGGACCUGCGCUCUCUCAGUCUGCCCAACAUGAAGCCGUCAGGAGGGGGCAGCGUCUACAUCCUCACCCCGGGCAGUGAGAGGGCCGAGCAUGGGUCCCUGCCGCGCCGGGAGAGCGUUGACAUACUGGGUCAGGCCCGUCGGCGGAAGAACAUGACCGAGUUUCUGGGCGAUGCCAACAUCCCGUCUCCAGACACUCUGGCCAUGCUAGGCGGGUCUUUACCAAGCGUUCCUCCAGGAGGUUCGCUGCCCGGUGUGGCCGCCGGACCGGACAAGUGGAAGAACCGCGCCACCAAUCGGAUCAGCGUGUUCUUCGGCGCCGGAUCUGGAAAGGAGGUGGACCGCGUGGAGCUGCUUCAUACGAAGCUGCAGGCGUACACACAGUUCGGUCUGCCCAAGGUUCCUUCUCAACUCGCCUUCCACCAGGAUUCCUGGGAGGAGGAAGAGGAGGAGCCCAACUUAACGCUCGAGGACAGCUGGAGGCAACUGCUGGAUGACCCUGAGAGUCUAAAUCGACGUCAGUUUCAACAGCAAGAGGCGAUAUGGGAACUGAUCCAAACCGAGGCUACGUACAUCAAGAAACUCAGGGUCAUCACUGAUCUGUUCCUGUGCGGCCUGCUGAAUCUUCAGGACAACAGUCUCCUGCUCGAGGUGGAGCCCGCUCGGCUCUUCAGCAACAUCCACGACAUUGUGCGUCUGCACUCCACGCUGUGGGUUCAAGCCAUGUUUCCGGUGCUGGAGAAAGCCCGAAGAACACGGAGCUUGAUCGACCCCGCGGACCUGGAGCAAGGGUUCAGUACGUUUGCAGCCCGGUUCCAGCCGUAUAUGCGGUACUGUAUGGAGGAGGAGAGCUGUAUGGAGUACAUGCGUUCACUGCUGAGAGACAACGAAAUCUUCAGGAUCUACAGCACGUGGGCCGAAACGAAUAAACAGUGCAACCGUCUGAAGCUAGCGGACAUGCUAGCCAAACCGCACCAGAGACUAACCAAAUACCCUCUGCUCCUGAAGACCAUCCUGAAGAAAACCGAUGACCAAACCACCAAAGAAGCGCUCAACAACAUGGUGAAGUGUGUGGAGGGCUUCAUUAACAGUGUAGACUCUCAGAUGCGUCAGAAACAGGAGCAAGAGAAACUGGCUGCCAUUUCGGCUCGAGUGGAGUCGUACGAGGCUGUGGAGGGAGCUAGUGAGGAGGUGGAGAGGGCUCUGAGGGAGUUCAACCGAAUUGACCUGACGGCACCCAUGAUUGACACUUCGCCAGAAGCGACCAGGCAACUGCACCUGGAGGGGGCGCUCCGCAUGAAAGAGGGCAAAGACGGCAGGAUGGAUGUUUACUGCUUCCUUUUCACGGACCUGCUGCUGAUCACUAAACCAGUGAAGCGUUUGGAGAAGGUGAAAGUGAUCCGACAGCCUCUCCUCCUGCAGAAUGUGGUGUGCAGAGAACUCAAAGACACAGGCUCGUUUGUCCUCAUCUACCUCAAUGAGUUCAAGAGCGCUGUGGCUGCCUACUCUUUCCAGGCCAACAGCGCCACCCAGGGCCGAAGUUGGACUGAUGCAAUUUGCAAUGUCCAGAAUCAGCUGCAGCGGUUGCGGUCAGAGGAAGCUCGCAGACAGAAGGCUUGUCUGAAGAAAAAACUACAGGAAGAUCAGGAGGAAGAUGAGGACAGCUGUAACUCCACAACUAGUUCACCUCAAUUUAUACACAAAGAUCAAAGCAACAGCCAAUCAGAUGGCUCCACAGAAACCCUGUCAGUGAUGGAUAUGGAUGAGUCUGGAUCGUCUCUGGAUCCUUCUCCUCUUCAGUCUGACCUAGCUGGGCAUUCAGACCAGGAUGUCAGUCUGUCCCAGCUCACUGACUCUGACGUCCCACAGCGGGACUUUGAGCCCCAUCCGGACAGUCAGGAGGGCUCAGACCUGGACCCACAGUGCCGUUCCAUGUCCAUGGACAGCGCUUAUGGGACACUCUCACCAGAGUCCAUAAUGGAAACCCAGAGACGAGUGGCCCCUAUAGAAGAAGACGACUCCGAGGAUGACAAGGAGACGACGGCUGAUGAAGAUGAAGAGCAAGAAAACGCAGAAGAGGAAGACGAUCAGGAAGACAAAAUCUCCGUUGGAUCUCAGAACUCUGUGGCGCUUUCGCUAAAGCCCAAGCGCCGGCCGCCCGUCCAAUGUCGCCUGCAGUUUUUAGAGAGACUCGCCAACAAAUCCCAUUCUGAAGACAACCUGCUGUCCACAGUUCACCAUGAUAACAGUAACCCUGGUGUCACCACAGAGUGCACAGGAAGUCAGCACACAUGGGAACAGAGGGUUCAAUAUUUAGAAGCACCUCUCAGCAGGAGCCUGACGGAGCUCAACCCUGCUGAGUCGGGCGAGUGUCUCCCGACAGACCAAAGCCACAGUCUCACAUGCAGCUUGCCCUCGAGCAUGCUUUUGGACACAUUGAGACGAGCCAGAAUUGCACAUGAGGCUGGUAGCAACCAGAUUCCUUGCAGUGCGUCAGACGGGGAGCUCUCGCCCCCUAGUGGCCUGGAGGGAACGGGCCGCUGUAACAGACCCCAGCAGCACAAAAAACUCACACUGGCCCAACUCUACAGGAUACGCACCACACUGGUGCUCAACUCGACGCUCACAGCCUCAGAAGUGUAGCAUCUUUCUGACUGAAUUCCGCGGGACACAAAUGCACUCUUCCCAGUGAGCUCUCCGGCUGCCCUCUCGCUCCCUCUCCCGCUCGGAUGGAUUCCUCGACGUGUAGCUUUCCUGUCGUUUCCCUGCGGGAGGGACGUCCGCAGACUCAUUAACUCCUUGCACUUUGUAAAAUACAACUCAUUUCUAAAGAGGUCAAAGCUUUCGGUGAGACAGCGUUAUUAUCAGAACAAUUACUUAAUAUACAAAAUGAUCAAAGACCGAGUGUGACCGAAGCCCUUACUGUGGGACGUCUGAGGUUUCAACGGGUCACGUGAUGGAAAUGAGAAUAAAACGCCACAUCUGGGAUUCCUUAAUCGCCCUGUUUGCUUUCUAAGAGUAUUUCUGUUCUGACAAAGAGGACGCAAGUGGUUCAUGUUAACUGCACUACUGUAUGUGACUGUGUGUGUGUGUGUGUUUAUGAAUGAGAGUGGGUUAAAGAUCUCGACCUAAACCAAAUCACUGUUUGACUUCAGAUAACUUGAGUAGCCACUACGGCAUGUUACGCAUUACUUUAGCAUCAGUGUUAUGUUAAUAUGACAGGAGUACUUCUGUCUUGCAACUGCUUAUACUAUUAAAUCUUUGGGUUGUCGUUAAAUCGUGGCUUAUAGAAGUUAUACAUGAGCACAUCAAACCGCUUCCUGUGUAUUGUGUUGUGUGAGAAGUUGGAUUCAUAAAUAAAUAAUAUCUGAAAUGCUUCAGCAGAUGUGGUAUUAAAGGCAAACCGACUGAAAAAAAUAUAUAUUUUGGUUAUAUUGUUUGAGGAUCAGGAAGCGUCGCCUGACACUAGAUGAGCACUUAUUAGAGAUCAUCUGAUGCUGAAUAGGGUGUUUGGUUUAAGUUGAAGCUCAUGUUAGUUUUCAAACAUUAACUUAUGUAAUGAUGAUUUGUUUUUUGUUGUUGUUGUUUUUUUUAUUUUUUUGGUAUUUUUCAAAAGGUUGAACUGAAACUGCCUGGUUCUUUACUAAACCAAGUAUUUCUGAACUCCCUUUUUAAAAAAAAAAAAAAAAACACCCUGCCCAAAGUAAAUAUGGUGUAUUAUAUGUUUACUUAUUAGGCUUUUUGUGUUUGUCAUAUUUAUUGAGCUUGCAUUUGUUUUAUAUAUAUAUAAUAUGGUCUAUAAUAGUGUCAUUUCACUUCACGGUUGUGAUUUUUUUGUUUUUUUGCUUUGUUGUCUUAAUUUGUUCAUUGUCAUUUGUUAACUUAAUUUUGAAAUCUGCUAAGAACCAAAAACACCUUCUUUUUUUUUUCUUUCCAUGUGAGGGAGUGUUCCUUAAAUGUCUUUCAAAAUAAAAGACAUCUUUCAGUA